AGAGAGGGACCAAAAGAGACGGGGAGUAGAGAGAGAGAGAGAGGGGGCAGGGACUGUUGUUGCGUGCAGCAUUGCUGUCAUUUGGCUGCUGCACAGCUCAGCGGCAACACUGUCUGGUGAAGGGAGGAGAGAAAGCGAGAGAGCAAAGAGAAGAGGAGAAGCAGGGUGGCAGCUGCUGCAGCCCGACAGGAAGCAACGGCGGAAAAUAAAGCGCACUAAAGGGAAUUAGCAUUUUCUUCCUGUGCAAGAGUCCAGCACAUUCAUCCGCUCCUCGUGCUCUUAUGGCUCUAAAUGCUCUCCGUUGAAGGAAGACGUCUGGGGGUCGAAUAAAAGGCAGGUAGAGCGUCAAGGGAAGGUGCAGACAUGGCUGCCAAGAGGGGCAAGUCUGGCGUGCCACAGAGCGUGGCACGAAGCGAGCUGAAGGUGUACCGCGUGGGCAGCACAGAGGGACGCAUCCCUGUGCCAUCCAACCUUCGCAAACAGAGGUCUUUGACCAACCUGGCUGUCCUGACGGAUGCUGAGAAGAAGAUGCAGCUCUAUGAGCCCAAGUGGUGCGAUGACAUGAGCAAAGCUGCUUCAGGACACCUGAAGAAGCCUAAAGCAGUGGCCGGCGGAGGAACAGCCGGCACACAACUCUCCCGUAACCUCUCCAAAUCAGACCACUCCCUCUUCCAGGGAAAACCCAAAGCAUUCACCCCACUUGCAGCACCGGGAAAAGGCCAAAGUCGGAUCCCUCGAGGCCCCUACGCGGAAGUAAAACCCUUGAGCAAGACAUCUGAUGACUGCAAGUCUGAUGAUGAUAUCCUUUCCAGCAAAGCCAAAGCCAGUGGAAAGAAAGCGGCGGCUGGGUGUUCUGGAGACCUGGAGGCCAAGGGUCAAGGUGAGGAAGGUGGCGAUAAACCUUUCCUCAAGGUGGACCCAGAGCUGGUGGUCACCGUUCUUGGUGACCUGGAGCAGUUGCUUUUCAGUCAAAUGCUUGAUCCCGAGUCUCAAAGAAAACGAACCGUUCAGAAUGUUUUGGAUCUCAGACAGAAUCUGGAGGAAACCAUGUCCAGCCUGCGAGGCACUCAGCUCAGCCAGAGUUGUCUGGAGAGCAGCGUCUGCUAUGACAGCGAUGAAACCAAUGCUCGCAGCAUCUCCAGCCUCUCCAACCGCUCGUCUCCUCUCUCCUGGCGCCACGGUCAGUCCAGUCCUCGUCUCCAAGCCGGAGAUGCUCCUUCCUCUACCGGCAGCAGCUAUCUGUCAGGCACCAAGGCCUCUCAAUACACAUCUCAGACCAUGCCUGCCCGCUGCUCCAGCCGCCUUAGCCACACAUCCCGCAGUGAGUUCCUGGAUGCUGGAGACAGUGACCUCAAGUCUGGAUACCUGAGCGAUUCUGAUGUUCUGUGCAAGAGCCUUAAUGAUGAAGACGAUGAUGACAAUCUGGCCAAUGGCUGGGACGAGAGCAGCUCCAUCAGCAGUGGUCUGAGUGAUGGAUCUGAUAACCUGAGCUCGGAGGAUCUGAACGCCAGCUCAUCUCUUAACUCUCUACCCACCACACCUGUGGGCUCCAGACGCAACUCCUCCGUCAUGUUGCGGACUGAUGCAGAAAAGCGUUCCUUGGUGGAAAGUGGUCUGGCGUGGUACAGUGAGGACAGUAAAUGUUUACGGAAAACCGAUGGAGUUUAUGACACCGGCAGCCUUAAAAGUGAGCCGUCCUGCAAGUGGAGGAAAACUCGUCUGCCGGACGGUCCUGCGAUGGACAAGAUGAAUAAAGGAGAGCUGAAGAAACCUCAGAGUCUCGGACAGACGAGCAGUUUCAGAAAGAGCCGCAAUCCUCCUGUGGGAGUCACUUCACCCAUCACACACACCUCACAGAGUGUGCUCAAAGUCGCAGUGUGUAAAGGAGACCCAAAGGCAGUAGACAAGGUGAAGAUGUCUGUCAAGGCGACGGGUCUGCAGCGUUCCCGUUCAGACGCGGGCCGGGACAACGAGCACCGCAAGCCUCCCUCAGGUCUGAUGAAACCAUCCGCCGGCAGCUCUUUCGGCUACAAAAAACCUCUGACCACUGGCACCGCCACUGUGCUGACGCCAGGGGGUGCCACCAUCACCAGCGGAUCUGCUACGGUGGGCAAAACCCCCAAAUCCUCAGGCAUCCCCAUCAAACCGGUGCCAGGCGGAGGAGCACGCAAAAACAGCCUAGACGCCAGCGGAUCUGAACAGGGAUUUCUUGCACCCAACGCCCGUGGCAGUAUUCAGUAUCGCAGUCUGCCACGACCUGCCAAAAACAGUGCCAUGAGCCUAACGGGACGGCCUAUCAGUGGCAACAUCGAUUCCAGUCUCCUCUCUCUCAAACCUGUGCCAGCUUUACCCAACACCAUGCCCAGCCGAGGGAAAGACGGAGGCAGCCUGAAAGCAGCCAGCCGCACCAGCAGCACUGGACCGGUCAACCAGACGGACCGCGAGAAGGAAAAGGAACGAGCAAAGGCCAAAGCAGACCUGGAGAUCAGCUGCCUGAAGGCUGAGAGCCAGGCGGAUGGGUGCGGGGAAACCCUGGAGAAGAUACAUCGAGUGCGGAGGACCAGCAGCAGUAAAUACCCUGAGCUGAGCUCUCCCACCAGCACACCCAGGUUAUUAAGCAGCAAGUCUCUAGCCCAUCCGCCUAGUCUGGCUCACCUGGACAAGCUGAACUCCAACAGUCUGGACUCCUGCAUCCCCAUCCAUGACCUUCCCCCAAAGAUCCCUCCGUUCUCCAAGCUGCAGGACCUGGCGGGCGGCCGUGUGGCUCCACGCCUCAGCCCGAGCCCCGCGCCGGUGCUGCACAUCGACUCUCCGAGUUGUUUCUCGGGUCAGGCUCUGUCUGUCAGCAGCUCACCUAUCCUUUACCCGAAGAUGUCCGGCCUGCACCGCAGCAUGGAGUCUCUGCCGCUGCAUAUGAGCCUUCCUGCUAAAGCCGAUCUGGGGGAGCGAGAGGAGGGCAGGAGCACCGGGACGUGGGGUGCCAGCAGCCGGACGUCUGUCACUUUAGGAGACAGAUACUCCAGCGGUCAUUCAGAGGGUGAAGGACGGGAACGUCGGCAUUCCCACACCAUCACCAGCAUGACGGAUUCAGCCACUCCACCUCAGCUGCCUUCACCAACACACACCACACCGGCCUACAUCGGCAAAACACCACCAACCAGUGUGGUGACUCCGAUCCCGAACUCCGGCUCUGGUUCUGGGAUCACACGCUCCAGCAGCAUCCCUGCAUCUGAUCUGGGCUACGAUCUGUAUGGGACAUCCCCUCUGGGCAGCUCUCUGUCUCUGGCUGACCGACCCAAGAGCAUGAUGAGGUCUGGGUCAUUCAGAGAACCUGCUGAAGACGUUCAUGGAUCUGUGCUGUCUCUGGCCUCAAAUGCCUCGUCAAACUAUUCGAACGAAGAGAGAAUGCAAGGAGAGCAAAUCCGGAUACUGAGACGUGAGCUUGAGUCCUCUCAGGAUAAAGUAGCCAAUCUGACCACCCAACUUGCAGCAAAUGCAGGCCAGGCCAACCUGGUGGCGGCGUUUGAGCAGAGUUUGGCACUCAUGACGGCACGACUACAGAGUCUGUCCGUCACUUCUGAACAGAAGGAUACUGAGCUACAGGACCUGAAGGAAACCAUAGAGGUUCUGAAGACAAAGAACACAGAGGCUCAGACCCUGAUCCAUGGGGCUCUCAGCACCCCUGACCCCAUGCCCAAAGAAGAGGGCAGAGCCUUUACAGCUUGUGCAUCAGAGCUGCAGAUUGACCGGCAGAACUCAUCCGAGAGCAUCUCCAGUCUGAACAGCAUCACUAGUCACUCCAGCGCCGGCAGCCUGAAGGAGCAGGAGGCCAAAAAGAAGAAGAAGAAAAGCUGGGUCUAUGAGUUGCGGAGCUCCUUUAACAAGGCCUUCAGCAAAAAGGGACCCAAAGCUCCAUACGCAGAUAUAGAAGAGAUCGCAACCCCUGAAGCGUCUGCUCCAUCCUCACCCAAAAUUCACCAUAAUGUGGACAACACCUUCACAAAGGCUUCGACUUCAACAUUAGGCAGGUCCUGCGGGGGUCCAGAGGAGACAGAGCGGGAUGAAAAAGUGGUGUCAGAGUUACGCUCUGAAUUGUGGGAAAAGGAGCGAAAGCUGACCGACAUCCGGCUGGAGGCGCUAAGCUCUGCACAUCAGCUGGAGCAACUGCAGGAAGCCAUGACCAACAUGCAGCUUACAGUCGAGAACCUGAAGGCGGAGAAUGACCAGCUGAAGACAGGUGGCCCUACCUCCAGACCUCCAAGCUCCACCUCCCAGUCCUCUGGGCUCGGGUCAUUGGGCGUCUCGUCACCACGGCAAUCUGUGUCAUCAUUCAGCAAAACCGCUGGCACUGGACAAACUGAGCCUUAUCCAGACGUGUUUCACAGUCCCACCUCCACUCUUCAGAAGGAUGAAAGUCUCGUCAGAGUGUUGGUUCGCAUCCCAAACCAGCAGCUGUUUAAAGAUGAGGUGAAACAGCUGGAGUUUUUCAUCGGCUCAGUUAGGAUCAGUGGACGGACGGACUGGUUUUCUCUGGACUCUGCUGUUAUCCAGGCUUUUAAAGAGUAUCUGUCGGUGGUGGACCCGGGCUCCAGCCUUGGCCUCUCUCAGGACUCCAUCUACAGCUACAGCCUCAGUCACCUGAAGAGGGUUUUGGGGGCGCAGCCGCCAGAGACGCCACCGGUGCGCCUCUACAGCCGAGGACAGGCCUGCAUCACUGUGGCCCUCAAGGGGCUGAAGGAGAAGUGUGUGGACGUGCUGGUGUUUGAGACGCUCGUCCCGAAGCCCAUGAUGCAACACUACAUCAGUCUGCUGCUGAAGCACCGUCGGCUGAUCCUGUCUGGUCCCAGCGGCACUGGGAAAACCUACCUCACCUACCGGCUGGCGGAGUACCUGGUGGAGCGCAGCGCCCGCGAGCUCACGCCAGCCAUUACCAACACCUUCAACAUGCACCGCCAGUCCUGCAAGGACCUUCAGCUCUAUCUUGCCAAUCUGGCCAAUCAGAUCGACCGGGAGAGCAGCACUGCUGAAAUCCCAUUGGUUGUGAUCUUAGAUGAUGUGCACGAGCCCACAUCCCUCAGUGAACUUGUAAAUGGUGCUUUAACCUGUAAAUAUCAUAAAUGUCCGUAUAUAAUAGGAACAACCAAUCAGCCAGUGAAGAUGAGCCCAAAUCACGGUCUGCACCUCAGCUUCAGGAUGGUGACGUUUUCGAAUAACGUGGAGCCAGCCAACGGGUUCCUGGUGCGUUACUUGCACAGAAAACUGAUGGAGGCUGAAGACCCGAGGAGUGUGACCAAUGAAGAUCUUCUGCGGGUGCUGGACUGGGUGCCCAGACUCUGGUACCACCUUCACACCUUCCUGGAGAAACACAGCACCUCCGAUUUCCUCAUCGGCCCCUGCUUUUUCCUGUCCUGUCCAGUAACAGUGGAGGACUUCCGCACAUGGUUUAUCGAUCUGUGGAAUCACUCCAUCAUCCCGUACCUGCAGGAAGGAUCCAAAGAUGGCAUUAAAGUUCAUGGGCAGAAGUCUGUAUGGGAGGACCCGGUGGAGUGGGUUAGAGGGUCCCUGCCGUGGCCUUCUGCUCAACAGGACCAGGCCAAACUCUUCCACCUGCCUCCACCCAGCACUGGCCCUGGCAGCCCCAGCCAACCAGCGGACGAGCGGACACAUAAAGAGACGCCGCCCAGCUCUGUGGAGUCUGAUCCACUGAUGGCGAUGCUGUUAAAACUACAAGAGGCUGCAAAUCACAUCGAGUCACCGGAGAAAGAAACAGACCCAAAACUCCCUCCUCUCUGAACAUCUAUCGCUCACGUCGAGGUCCAGACUCCAUCAGCUAGCUUCUCCAUCUCUCCUUUAGCCAAUGUUAAAGUCCAGACUCCCAACAGUUCCUCCAUCUUGAGGUCCAGACUCCAUCAACUCCCCAAUAUUGUGGUCCAGACUUCAUUAAUUCCUCAAUAUUAUGGUCCACACUCCAUCAACUCCUCCAUAUUAUAGUCCAGACACCAUCAGCUCUUCAAUAUUGUGUUCCAGACUCCAUCAGCUCUUCCAUUUUGAAGUCCAGACUCCAUCAGCUGCCCCAUAUUGAGGUCCAGACUCCAUCAACUCCCCAAUAUUGUAAUCCAAACUCCAUCAGCUCCUCCAUCUUGAGUUCCAGACUCCAUUAAUUCCUCCAUUUUAUGGUCCAGACUCCAACUUUAGGUCCAGGCUCCAACUAAUUCUCAGUAUUGUAGUCCAGACUCCAUCUGAUUCUCAAUAUUGUAGUCCAGACUCCAUCAGCUCCUCAAUAUUGUAAUCCAGACUCCAUCAGCUCCUCAAUAUUGUAGUUCAGACUCCAUCAGAUUCUCAAUAUUGUAGUUCAGACUCCAUCUGAUUCUCAAUAUUGUAGUUCAGACUUCAUCUGAUUCUCAAUAUUGUAGUCCAGACUCCAUCAGAUUCUCAAUAUUGUAGUCCAGGCUCCAUCAGCUCCUCAAUAUUGUAGUCCAGACUCCAUCAGAUUCUCAAUAUUGUAGUCCAGGCUCCAUCAGCUCCUCAAUAUUGUAGUCCAGACUCCAUCAGAUUCUCAAUAUUGAAGUCCAGACUCCAUCAAAUUCUCAAUAUUGUAGCCCAGACUCCAUCAGAUUCUCAAUAUAGUAGUCCAGACUCCAUCAGAUUCUCAAUAUUGAAGUCCAGACUCCAUCAGAUUCUCAAUAUAGUAAUCCAGACUCCAUCAGAUUCUCAAUAUUGAAGUCCAGACUCCAUCAGAUUCUCAAUAUUUUAGUCCAGACUCCAUCAAAUUCUCAAUAUUGUAGUCCAGACUCCAUUAGAUUCUCAAUAUUGUAGUCCAGACUCCAUCAGAUUCUCAAUAUUGUAGUCCAGACUCCAUCAGAUUCUCAAUAUUGUGGUCCAGACUCCAUCAGCUCCUCAUUAUUGUGGUCCUGACCUCAUCAAUUCCUCCAUCUCAUUGUCUAGACUCAAUCAGCUCCUCAAUAUUGUGGUCCUUCGAUCUUCUCCAUCUCUCCAGCCAGCUAUGUCAAGGUCCAGAUUCCAACACUUCCUGAUGACACUGUACUGUUACUAUUAAUGCUGUUAGUUCAUUUCACCCACGUAUUUAUUUAACUACCCAUUCCACCCGUUUCAUUUCAAUCCAAUGCCCCUUACAGAAAAGUACUAGGGUGGUAUCAUGGUAAUACCAUGGCACUUUAAUGUGUAGUUGAAGUUCUGCCAACAUGCUAUACUCCAUUUUAAGCAGCAUUUUACUCUUGUAAAGUUAUUCAGCAUGCAGAUUUGAUGAGCUCUUGUUCACUGAGAGACUACAAGAAAUAUUUGUACUUAUUAUAAAAGACAAGUCACACCUCAGGACCUUUAAAAAUGUAAACAGGAAGAUAUGAAUGUGGUUUUAAAAAUGUAGAAAGAAUUGGUGAAAAGUUAUAGCACUUAAAUCUUUUCUUAUACAUACAUACAUUUAAAUAUCCAAUAUAUAGUGGUACUGAGUACAAAAAAGCAUGGUAUUACCACAGCAAUUUCUCCAUCUAUGUUCAUACAUGGUACUUUUAUGUAAGGGCUUUUGUCAUACAUAACUACAAGAAUAACAUACUAUGACAGCUAUAAACGCCGAUGAUUUUAUAGCACGUCUAUCUGCAUAUUUCUGUUUACAGAGGUUAAUGUACAUACGGAUGUAAUUUCUCUUUUGCGGGAGCCUUUACUGUUCCACUUCUGCCCGUUUUAACAACACAACGAUACAGGUGCUAACAACGUGCGCUCUCACGGUCACAAGCAACAACCGAUCUGGGGUAUUUUGGGUAAUAUAAGAUGUCUCCUUCGCCGACGUGACACUUUACAGGCCACUUUAGCCUAUGCUGCUUUUUGUACUUUUCAUUUCUUUCACAUUAUUAAAAAAAGGCCACAGCAUAAGCUACAGUUAAAACCCCAAACCUUCAGUGUCAGAAACUGUUAUGCAGGUUGCGUAGGAUAAAUCCGUCCUCAUUAUACCACGGUAAAUGCCUUAAAACAGAUUCAAAGCGUGCUAUCGUGUUCUCUUCUCAUCCUGUAGAGGGCAGAGUCGAGCAAUCUUUACUAUUUAAUGGCACCUUUCUCUUUAUGAUUGUGAAUCUGGAUUGAACUGGCCACAACAGACAGGAUGCUGAAUUGGAAUUUGAUUUGGAGUGUUUUUAUGUCGCAUUUUUGAUUAAGUGGCUUUAAGUACUAGGUGCUUGCAUCCAAAAAUAUGUGUAAUGUGCUCCUUUGUUUAUAAUAUACUGGACAACACUUCUGGUAUUGCGGUGGGACAUUAGUAAGGUUAGGGACAGGUUUGGUGGUAUGGGUAAGCUAUGGUAUUAUAUGGUAUAUAUAUGUAUAU